UUCACCUUUUUGCGCAUGCGCGACAGAUGUUGCUGCCGUAGCCGAACCAACACACAGGCGAUGGUCUCUUAAACUUCUCCUUCUUUUUUUUUUUUUUUUUAAGUCAGUAUCGGCGUUACAUCUCCGCAAAAUGAAGUUCCCGUACUCGUAGCUUGGUGAGGAUCUGGUGAGGAGAAGGUGUCCCAUGCUGCAUUAGUGGAAUAGUGACAUGCUGGCCUGUCUGCCGGCAUCAGGUGACGCUACCGCCAGACUUCUUUCCCGCACGCAGAUGAACACUGGACUUCAGAAAUGGGAAACUACACAGAAGAUGAGAUCUGCCACUUAUCCAACCCCAGCAGAGUUGGAUGCCUAUGCUAAGAAAGUCGCCAACAGUCCUCUGACCAUCCAGAUCUUCCCAAACAGCGUCAAAGUACCUCAAAGGAAGCACAUCCGCCGCACAGUCAACGGACUCGACACGUCCUCCUCCUCCUCCUCCUCCUCCUCCACCUCCUCCUCCUCCUCCUCCAGCCAGCGCCACAGUCCUUACCCGUCUCAGGUCAGCGCCAACGGGGGCCUGCUGGCCGUCCUCCGGGCGCCGCUCAAAGGCGUCAUCAAAGAGUCCGACGGCAGCCGAGCCCGACUGCUCCACAAGGCCGUCAUGAACCCUCACAGCGGCCCGUACGCCGCCGCCCAAAGCACUUUAAACCUCCCUCCUCAGCCUGCUCCUCACCUGCAGGGCCCGUCUCAGCCCGCGGGCCAGAAACAGGGCAUGGUUCACCCCGAGGUGCUGCAGCAGCAGCAGCAGCAGCAGCAGCCGAGCAUGACUCACCCCAUGGCUUUACAGCAGCCUCACCCGCAGGCGUUACCGCCGAGGAGCAUGGCUCAUUCGCAGGCUCUGCAGCGGCAGCAGAGCUUGUCCCAGGUUCAGACUUCGCAGCAGCAGCAGAGGUUGGCUCAUCCACAGGGGAUCCAGAGGCAGCAGAGCCUGCCGCUCGCCCAGCCGUGCCCGUCGGUCGCCCCCCAGCAGCAGCAGCAGCAUCUCUCCCACCUGCAGACACUAAAGCAUCCUCCGCAAGCUUUACUCACGCAGCCAGGAGCGACUCAGGAUCUGCGCCACAUGUCCGAUGGGGCUCAGCUUCCGAGCCUGCAGCACAGCCAGGGGCUGGUGGGAUCCAACCAGACCCUUCCCCAGGCCGUGGCCGCGGGCCCCCCCACCAUGCCCAACAGCCUCCAGCAGCAGCAGCCGCCGCCGCCGCCGCAGGGACCAUACGGGCCCCGGAAGCUGCCCGACGCAGACGCCCCACCAAAUGUAACUGUAUCUACCUCCACCAUCCCCCUGUCCAUGGCGGCCAGCCUGCACCAGAACCGGCCCAGCGACCUGAGCAGCAUCGUGCACCAAAUCAACCAGCUGUGUCAGGCCCGGGCCGGCAUGGGCGCCACCUCGGUCUGCGAGGGCCAGAUCGCCAACCCCAGCCCCAUCAGCCGCAACCUGCUGAUCAACGCCAGCUCCAGGGUGUCCUCGCACCACCCGGCGCUGGGCAACGUGCCCGGCUGCCUCAUGGUGGGGCCCCCGGACAAAGGCGCCGGCCCUCAGACUCCCGGCGCCGCUCUGCAUUCACAGCCCGGUUUAAUAGCUCCGGCGUUUCACACGGACCCCGAGAAGGUACAACUGCAGCAGCAGCAGCAGCAGCUUCAGCACCAUUUACAUCAGCAGAAACAGCAGCAGCUGCAGCAGCAGCAGCAGCAACAUUUGCAGCAGCUGCAGCAGAUGCAGCAGCAGCAGCAGCAGCAGCAGCAGCGCUCGUGGGCCCAGCACCAGCUGGCCCACAUGCAGCAGACGCCCGAGGGGGCCCACCCCUGCAAGAACCCGCGGAUGGAGCCUCCGGCCGAGUGCGCUUUCCCCUCUCGAAACCUCAGCUACCCGCUCAAGCUCCCCAACAACACGGCACACGGCUUCCCCCUCAAACACCCCCCGGAGAAACCUCAGUCCUCGUCCCCCGUGGGCUCCCUGCCUUACAUCAACGGCCACUACAUGCAGCCGCCGUGGGGCAGCGGCAUCCCGGCAUCCGCGGCGGGGAACAACGGGUCCGGCGGCCCUCAGGACCUCCCCGUGGCCUUCCAGGCGGGGGGAGGGGGAGGGGGAGGAGCCUCCGCGGCGGACCGCGUCCCGGGGGCCAAGUACCGGCCGGGGAGGGAGGCCCCCGGCGGGGGGCAGGCGAAGCUGAUGCAGAGCGUGGAUUUCCUGGGAGGAGACUUCCAGAUGCCCGGCUUUCAGGAGCAGAACAUGGAGAUGCUGGAGAAGAUCCACCGCUCGGCCAUGGGCCAAGUGCAGGAGGCCAGCAACAGCGGCGGCGUCCACGCUCACCACCCGGGCUACCGCUAAAAGUCUGCGCUUACCCCCCCCUCCUUCCUCCCUCCCUCCUCCCUCCACGUUUUUAUUUUUCCUCAGCCGCUACUUUCAGAUCUUGCAAGUGAUCAAUUUUCCUGCAUCAGAGCUUGAAUCUUAGACCCACCAGGUUGUGAUGUUUCAGCGUAUUCCUCAGGUCUUAAGCCAUGUCCUACCUUUUGUUUUGCAGAUGAAGGGUUUUUUUUUUUUUUUUUUUUGUUUUUGGAGAUUGUCGUCCACUCUUUUCAUCACUGGCAUGGGUGUGUGCUGCUCUUCGUUUCGUGUAUAUACGGUGUUUUUUUUUUUUUGCGUCACAGUGCUUUUACAUAAGGUUGACAUGGAACAACUUUUAUCAGCAUUUGUGGCCUUAAACACAAAAAAAAAACAAAAAAAAAAGAAAUUUCUGCCCUACGGCGAGAUUUAGGAUGUUCCUCCUCGUGUAAUAUUUUUAUUUGCAAUUAUUUAUCCUCUUAACAGGUGUGUGUGUGUGUGUGUGUGUGUGUUCAUGUGUGAAUCCAUUUAAAUAAGAAGGUUAACAUGUAUAUGCAAUUAAUGAGACUGUUGAUGAGGUUUUUGGGUCGAGAGUAUGAGACGAAUCCAGCACUAGCAAAAACACAAACGCUCUGAGUGUAAUAUUUCAACUUAACUAGUUAUGUCGUUAUUAUUAUUUCCUCCUGUUGUAUCUCUGUAGACUGUCCUACUUGAAUUGUAGAAAUUACUUUUAAAUGUUUUUUGUUUUUGUUUUUGUCGUCGAACAUUUGGCGAAAACGACCCACACACACACACACACACUCGUCUUUUUGUUUUUGUGUGUAGCAAAUGUGAAACAGAUAAGAUUUCAUCCCAUUAUUAUGAAAAAAAAUGGCGACAAAUAUGUGAAAAAAAAAAGAAUUGCAAAUUGAUCACUUGCAAGCGUUUUGCAAGUACUUGAGAUAAAUGCAAGCGAAGGGAGAGAAAACGUUUCCCUUUCGACACGUUUCUUUAUUUUUGUUUUUUUUUUCCAGCACCACUUUUCCUACGUUAACGCGAGUGAACUGAAGUGGUGUGGACGUUUUUUUUUUGUUUUUUUUUUCGUGUGUGGCUUGCGGCUGUUACUAAUCACUGGCUGAGUCGUAUCUCUGCUACCUAAAAAAACAAAAAACAGGAAGGUUGUGUUUCGCUGGGUGUGUCGAGCAUGAAGCUCCAGAUUCAUCUCCUCCUUCGUCUACUCUCCUCAAGCCUUCUGGAAAAAGCCUUAAAACGCCACAGUGGUUAUAACCCACUAACGUUUUCUUUCUUUCGCUGGGAUCCCGAUUUAAUUUAAGCUUCGACAUUGAGAGGUUUCUCUUUUCUCUUUUCGUUUCGUUUGAACCCUGAUCAUCGGGAGGGAGGGAUGAUGUUGCCUUAAACGGGAUUAUUAAGGUAAAAGUGACGCUCCUCAUGCCUGUUGACGUGUUAUCGCCCAUCCUGCUGUCUGCGGAGGAUCCACGAUGAUUUUAAGAGUUUCAAUAGUGUUUAGCAGAAUUAAUAGGUUAUUUUAGAACAGGGCUGUAGCAGUUAUUUUAAGGUAUUUUUGUGUUUUUAGUUGUUAUACUUAACAACACUAUCCUGAUUUCUUAAUUUAUUUUUGUUUUUUGUUUUUUUUUCCUGGACCACUGCAUCCUGAAGCCAUAGGUGUUUUUCACAUUAGGUGCCAUACGUUGACACACACUCACACACGCGGACGCUUUUUUCGAAAGUCGGAUCGUCUGAAACGACGAAGGGUUUUUCUCUGGAUCGUCUCUCGGAGCAAAGCGCAGGACAAAAGGGAGAAAGUCACCGUCAGAACAGAAGAGAAGAGAAAAGAGGCUGAUCUGGAGUUCGGUUCAUACUUGAUGGCAGUUUAUUUUAUUAUUUUUAUUAUUAUUAUUUUGUUCGUUUCUUUCCUGGCUCUCAUUUUUGACGUGCCUGCCCCUCGAAGCUGCUAUUGAAUUUAAUCUUAACACACACUAGUAUGAUUUUGUGUGUGUACAUGUGUAUGAGUAGUAAUUAAUGAUGUGUGGGCUGUAUCAGUGGAAUGAGUUCCUAUUUAUUUGAUGGGCACAGGGCAUAAAAAAAACAAAAAACACACAAAAAAACAAACAAAAACAAGUGGUAAACGUGGCCGUUUGUGCGUUUUCUAACAGUCACAUCUGAAGACUUGUUGUGUAGUUUAAACAUAUAAUAACUGACCAGUAUUUCAGAUUUCAGAGUGGGACAAGGUGGAAAAACACUAAAUAAUUUGACCGGUUAACGUUGAACUGCCUCGUUACAGCCCGACGCCGUCAGGUUCUACAGUUUCAUAUGAAGUGCCUCCACUGGGCGUAGUAUGGAGAAUAAACGCGUGAAUGACCUGGAUGUGUGUGUGUUUGUGUGUGUGUGUGUGUGUGUGUUAAGCUUGGGUACUUGCACACAGGUGUGUGCACGCCGACGUAAACGUGCGCACAAGGUUUAAUCUCUGACGGGGGACCAAGCUGUUUAGUGUAACUACUGAUACUGUGUCACGGACUGAAGUCCUGAAGUGCGCCACGACCCCCGGGCUCCGGCCGGGAUGUGUGAACUGUUUGCUGCUGACUCACUGACCAAAGUGACCAAAGCGUCACCCUCUCCGACCACCACCACCAACACCGGCCCAAAGCUCGGACGGUUAAAAGGAAAAAACCUCGUGAAGUAAACGUGAGCAUUUAAAAAAACAAUCUAGAGCAGGUUCCUGUUUGCGUUCAAAAUCCUCAUGUUUGCAGGUUCUGACCAGAUCUUUGUGUUUUUUUUGUUGUCCACACGCGCUGUAAAGUAAAAUAAAAUAAAUUAAAAACGAGUUUGAUCCAUGGAAGCACACUGUAGCUCAUCGCGUUAGUCCACUGCAAUAUUUCCCCGGGGGCGCAGGCGCAGGACGAACCUCUCUAGAUUCGUUUUUUACUGCCGCUGAUCGUCUCCGAUCGGGCUGCGGACGAACGGUGGCGGAGGGGGGGGCUCACUUUCUCUACUUUGUGAUAAUGUGAUAUUCCAGUUUUGCCUAACCUUCAGGAAUAAAAUGUCUUGCACAAACAUUCCCCCCUAACCAAAAUAAAGUUUGCAAACUCAAAAGGC